AUGCAUCAUAUGAUCAUCGUCCUCGUUGCGGCUGCGAUCGUCGCGGUAUCGUGCGAAGAUAGAAAAUGUGGAACUAACGAACAAUUCUAUGAAUGUGGAAGCGCAUGUGAACCAAAAUGCAAUGAACCGGAAGGUAAAAUGUGUACAAUGCAAUGUAUUGUGAACGUAUGCCAAUGUAAACCUGGAUACAAACGUGGACCGAGUGGCUGUCGGAAACCAGGACAAGGAUGCAAAUAA